CAGAAUUCCGUAUGAUCAUUUGUGUGCAUGAAUCACUGCAGCUACAUCGUGCUGUAGUUUUAGUUUUGAUGAUUAUAGUACUGGGGUGAACUGACGGCCAGAGCUGUCCUCGUCACGUGAUCCACUCAGAUCUGCUCCAGUGGACGUCUGCAAAAUGGAGGACCGUGAAGCUAAAGAACCCGAGCAGCUGAGAAAGCUGUUCAUUGGAGGUCUGAGCUUUGAAACCACGGAGGAGAGUUUACGGGCCCAUUUUGAACAAUGGGGAAGUCUCACAGACUGUGUGGUGAUGAGGGACCCCAACAGCAAGCGUUCAAGAGGGUUUGGCUUUGUGACAUAUUCUUCCGUACCCGAGGUCGAUGAGGCUAUGAAAGCACGGCCUCACAAAGUAGACGGCCGAGUUGUUGAACCCAAGAGGGCCGUGUCCAGAGAGGACUCAAAUAAACCAGGUGCCCAUCUGACAGUGAAGAAGAUCUUUGUCGGUGGUAUCAAGGAGGACACUGAGGAGUACCACAUCCGCGAGCAUUUUGAGAAGUACGGGAAGAUUGAAUGCAUUGACAUCAUGGAAGAACGCAACACUGGGAAGAAGAGAGGAUUCUGCUUUGUGUCCUUCGAUGACCAUGACACUGUAGACAAAAUUGUUGCCCAGAAAUUCCACACAAUCAACUUCCACAAUUGUGAGGUCAGGAAAGCACUCUCAAAACAGGAAAUGAGUGCCAUAUCCACGAACAGGGGCAGGAGUGGAGGAUCUGGAAACUUCAUGGGGCGAGGGGGUAAUUAUGGAGGUGGUGGCAACUUUGGACGGGGUGGCUAUGGCGGAGGACGAGGUGGCUAUGGUGAUGACUUUGACAAUGGUCCAGGAGGGAAUUACGGUGGAGGACCAGGUUAUGGAGGAGGCCGAGGGGGCUAUGGAGGUGGUGGUCCUGGGUAUGGCAACCAGGGUGGUGGAUUUGGAGGCAGCUGCGAUGGAGGUUAUGGAGGCAAUGACGGAGGAUAUGGAGGAGGUGGAAAUUACAACGACUUUGGAAAUUAUGGUGGACAGCAGUCCAAUUAUGGGCCCAUGAAGGGAAACAACUUUGGUGGCAGAAACUCAGGUGGACCCUAUGGUGGUGGUUAUGGCUCUGGCGGCGGCGGCGGAGGCGGCUAUGGCUCACGGCGAUAUUAAUUAUUUCAUGUUUUGGCUUCAGUUCUUAGCAGGAGAGGCGAGGAGGUGAGCAAAGGAAUUGUCAGGAAAGCUGCAGGUUACUUUGAGGCAGUCAUCUGAAAGCAUUAGAGGAACACACAAGUCAGACUUUACUGCAGCUAAAUCGGAGAAGUUUAUGGAAGAAGGACUGUAAACACAAGACAUGAGUGCAGAUGAUACCCUUCCCUAAUUGUGAUAGAUGUUUCCCUACCAAGAUUUUUUUUCCUUUUGUGCGUCUGAAGUGUGUGUGUAUUGUGCCUAUGGUAUCAGGGGUAAAGAGUAAAUUGUUUUUUUUCUAAUCUGAAGUCAGUUCUUAAUAUCUUUAUUUUCCCUUUUUUAUAUGGGUUAGUUUUAUGCUGGUCAAUUAAUUUCUUGUGUUUUAACUUGGUUUUUGUCAAAUGGCAUACUUACAUCAGGCCCUCAGACAGCUAGAAUUGCUACAUUUUUCCUUUCUGAAGUUAUUAUGAUUGCUCAAGUGUCAAGUGUAUUUUGAUUUUGUAUGUGAAGCACAGUCUGUAAAUCCUUCUUAGUACCAGUGUCAACAAAUAUAAGCAGUCUGGAAUAGAAUUAAGGGAAUCCCUCACUCUUCUUGUUACCAGAAAACCGGAUUCUAGAUUGUUUUAAUAUUUUGAUUAGCAGAAAAAGACCGAAUAAAAUUGUGUAGUAAAGUGACAUGAAGUUCAGUGCGUCAUUGGUUCAGAAAAAGAUCAAAUGAGUUAUUAUAUGUUGCCUGCACAUUGUGACUGUGAAGUUUAGCAAAUCAGCCUGUCCAGAACUUUCCCCUCCUUCUGGGGUAUUAUUUAAGAUUUCUGUGAGUGAAAGUAGUAUAUGUGUUGUGUAUUUACUUGUACCAGUGUGGAUGACAAGGGAGUUUUGGGUAGUCCUAGGGCAAGGGCCCGUACACCACCUAUGCCAGUGUUGAGCGAGUAGGAUUAUAACAGCCACAAGCACCUGCAGUUGGGCCCUCAGCAUCGCUAGUGUGGAAGAUUGCAGAUGACUGUCAGACAGGACGUCGUCAGCCCCAGCACAGUGGACCAGUCAGCAUUUUGAGAGAGAAGGGAGAAGGCAGCAUCGAGCACAACGCCCAUGGAGGAAGCUUGCAGUGUCGUUCCUGGUAGUGAGCAUCUAUCUCUCUUUCAAGGCUAGCUAAACCCUCCAGCAGCUGGUGCUAGCGAAGAAAGACUAGUUCCUGGACACAUUGGAGAUCCUGUUGAGUCAGACAUACUGCAGUUUUACCCACAAAUUCUAGAUUUCAGACAUUAACAAGAAAAGGGAGUGAGUAUUUCUCAAAAGCUGACUUAAGAAGAUGGAGCAGGUAAGAGUAACCACUUUGCUUGAUUUGCAGAUGUGGAAAGAGGAAUUCUCUUCUUGCUGAAAAUCUGUAAAGACGUGAUAACAUGGAAGGUUCUGGAUGGGUAAGACUUUUUCAAAAUAUUAUCCAAGGCUGCUCAUAUUGUAAUCUAACAAUGCACAUGGUGAUUACGCAAGGUGCAAGGGUUCUUUUAAGGUGAACUGGGCACGAUGACGUCCAGUGUCGCUCCAUUUUGACCAGAACGAGCCUGUGACCUUCAUCACACUCCACAACGGCUAAACAUGCUUUCAUGUUUUAUUACCUUUACUAUGAGUCACAUAACUGAUAAAGUUGAUAGUCUUGAAAGACUUCCAGGGGGAACAAUAAAAUGUCCCGCUCCCUACGUGCCCAAUUAAUUGUGUUGAAGGUUAGGAAUAUGCUUCACUUUGGAUAUACUCUGAAAAAUGCUUGAUUUUUCAACAUAAUCUGAUGUUUCAUCAACACAAUCAUUCAUGUAGACCAAAAACUUUGAAUAUUUGAAAUGAAACAAAUCUUUCCUCAUGUUUGUCUCCUGGAAGCAUCAAAUAAUUAUCAUAACAUACAAUCAAAGGUGAUACGAGUGAAGAGACAGAAUAUUCACUGACGUGAGCGUGAAGGAAGCUUCUGUAAGAUUCUGUUUCAUUUACAGUAAUUUAGACGUGAUGAUAAAGGCUUUGUGAGUCCAGAAAGUUUUUGGUUUAGGUACCUUGAAAGUGCUUGGAAUUCCCUCUGAAAAAGCUGUAUGAAUGCUCUCUGGGAAAAGGGACGGUACUUGUACCAUCUGUUGCAAUUCAAUACAACUGCUCUUCCAUAAAUUCUAUGAAGUUUGUAAUGUUCAGUAUUUGGUGACAUAAGUGUGUAAAUUCAUUGAUAUAUAUGUACUGAACUCGUCUACAUAACUGAGUGGGCUUUUUUUCUGUCGUCCCUGUUUACACACACAAGGGGGGGCAGAUUAUAUGAAACAGUCCAGCUCACCAUGGCUAAAUGUAUAAUACACACCUCUAUGACUGUGUCAAGAAAACUGGAAAUUAUAGCACCAUGAAAGUAGAUGUUACAGCAGAGCAGUUGUACUGAAUUGCAUUAGACUCUACAAGUGUACCUAAUAAAGUGAGCGUACUAAUGACUUGUCAUGCAGUGUUAAAAUGUAUGGAAAUCAGAGGGUCCUUGUCAGUCCUCAUCAGUCUGUGUAAAUAAGCAGAACAAUGUCAACAUCGUAAAAGAGGACUUUUAACCCUUCAGUUACUUGAUUAUUACUGCUGAGGCAGGACAUGGCGCUGUAAUGCAAAACAGCAUUUAAUGAAUCAAAGGGGAUACAGUGCAACACUUCUAUAGGCCAGAUUUAAGUCAGAACGUCAAAUCAGCUGCAUGAGUCAUAGGGGCAUCUCUAAAAAGAAAAGAGAGGAAAGAAGACUUGUUGCAGGAUUAUUUUACAUGACAGGCAGUCACACAAAGAUAUGUAAAACAUGGGUGAGUGGCGUCAGCAGAGAGGAACCGUGGUCACGAGAUGAAACUAACCCACACGGGUUUGACAAACUCAUACUCACAUACAGUAGAGACACAGAGUAUUCAAAAAUACCAGUAAUCGGUAUGCUUUCCAGGAAGUGUCAACGUAGAUUUUGCUGUAAAGGCUAUAAACGUUUUUUAAUAAACUGCUUAUAUUUUGUCUGCCUCUUGAAUUAAAAAAAGAAAGAAACGUCUGGGGAAAUUUUCUAAGGUUUCCCUAAAAAUGGGAACUUUCUGCUGCUGCAUUUGCGGCUUGUCAUUACUGCACUUGAAGAUGUAGCAGUUAUAUAGAAAGUGAUUUAACACGGUGAGAAACACGCAUUUCCACUAAAAACUUCCUAAAAAAUCCAUUUAGGAUGAUUUCACUUUUCUAGAUUUAUACAUACCAACGUGGUGGACACGUGACCCACGUGAUUACCUGCACCAGAUUUCGGUUCUGUGCAUUUUAAUUGGUUUUGAGAGAAUUGAACAUGCAUUUUUAGGAUUCCACGCAGGUCGGGCCUCCUCAGUGCUGAUAUAUUUCUCAGUUGAAGGAUAGUGUUUCUGCAGAGGAAUGCGAGUGACCAAUGAACUGCGCUGUCUUAACAGUAAGAUGUGUAAAUGUAAACGUGUGACCUGUGCUGUUGAAUAAAAGUGUUU